GUGGAGGAUUCAUUUCCAUUGCAUUGUAAUUGCCUUGUGCUGCUGACAGUGACAAUGCACGGAAUAUUAUUUUACAAAAUCAUAAAUCACUGUUGUUUACUUCUGUCUAUCAGAUAUAUGUCAGUGGCUUACAGUAAAACAACUUUAACAUUUCACAUCUAUUUUAGAACUCAAGCAACAACACCAGGAUGUCCAACAACAAGAAAACACGUAAGUCUAAAAUCUCUUAGGAAAAGUGAGAUAAUCAAGGAACUUAAAGCCUAAAAGGAAUUGAGCACUAUUUAAUGCUAAUCAGCUUUAACUAUGUUUCUGCAGAAGCAACUGCAAAAUUGUACAAUGAACCAGUGAUGGAGGAACUGUACACUGGAUACCUGCUCAAGUCCCCCCCUCAAACGGCCCUGACUAAAACAUAUCUGUCACAGAACUCAUGGAAGCGUCGUUUCUUUGUGCUCUCCAAAACGGGUGAAGACUACCAGCUGACAUAUCAUGCAAACAACGAAAAGAGAGACAAGCCUCUGGGAGAGAUAGACAUUUCUAAGAUCAGCUUGGUGUUCACUAGCCCUGAGGCACAUCAGAAGUGGGGCUGGAUACAGAAACAAUUCAAGUGUUCGCCAUCCUUUGUGCUGUUCUUAAAGGUGGACGACGACACACCAAAACAAGCUAGAGAAUAUUUCCUCAUUGGAGAAAACAGGGAUGAAGUGGAUGGUUGGCUCAAUGCCUUAGUCAAGAUUCCAGUUAUUGAGGAAAAAGAUGAGAAGGACGGGAAGCAGGAUGAACCUCCAGUGGACAGCAGUGAAUACAUGACCAUGGGAUCAGUACAAAUGGUGUUGGAAGGUGACCAACAGGAGGAUGACACUGCAUGCAAACAGAAAAAUGAAACACACACAUAUGGUGAGAAGGAGAUCUGCGUUAGUCAAAACGAGCUGAAAAACAGACUGAUCUUGACACAGGAAGAAGGCAAACCAUGUGUGUCUCAGUGUCGUCAGAUUCAGGACUCAAGGGGGGAUCAGAUCCUGGCCACAGACACAGUACAAGAUAUUCAGAAAUGCUUAAAAAGACUGAGCAAGGACGAGGCAAAACUCCUAGUUCAGCGGUACCCAGGCCUCUUUAUGAACCCUGGCCGCCACACUGAGGACAUGAAACAAAAUCUAAUGCAAAUUCUCGCAUCGCCAUCAAAAUUUUAG